CUACAUUACAUAGAUUCCCAUAGACACCCGGACCUACCCCAACCCGGCCCAGGUGAAGAGGUAUUAAGUGAGGCUGUGCAGGUGUGUGAGGGAGAGGCUGCCGUAAUAUUACCAACACCACCCCACUGACAUCCAGCAGAGCGGGCCAGCAUGUCUUCACAGUGUGGUGUCCGGGUCCUGUCCAUACAAAGCCAUGUGGUGUCCGGCUAUGUGGGGAACAAGAGUGCCUGCUUCCCACUACAGGUUCUCGGGUUUGAGGUGGACACGAUCAACUCUGUGCAGUUCUCUAAUCACACCGGGUAUAAGCACUUCAAGGGGCAUGUGCUGGAUGACACACAGCUCGGCGACCUUAUAGAGGGCCUCAAGGUGAACGGCAUCGACCGCUACUCCCACCUGCUGACCGGCUACAUCGGCUCAACCUCUUUCCUGCAGAAGGUGAAGAGCGUCAUUGAACACCUCAAAACAGUCAAUCCACAGCUUAUCUAUGUGUGUGAUCCUGUGAUGGGUGACAACGGCAAGAUGUACGUCCCCAAGGAGCUGCUGCCUGUGUACCGCGAGCAGAUCGUACCCUUGGCGGACAUCAUCACCCCCAACCAGUAUGAGGCAGAACUCCUGAGUGGUCAGAAGAUUGAGAACAAGGCGGACGCAGCUGCUGUGAUGGAGUGGUUCCAUGGGCGGGGCGUGAAGACGGUCGUCCUCUCCAGCACUGACCUGGGCACAGAGGGGGAGCUGGUGGUGCUGGCGUCCUCCAUCACGAACGGCACAAAGGAGAAGCUCAACGUACAUAUUCCGCGCCUCCCUGCCAACUUCACAGGGACGGGUGACCUCUUCGCUGCCCUCCUGCUGGCCUGGUCACACCUCACCGGCAACAACCUCAAGCGUUCUGUGGAAGGGACACUGGACACCAUGCAGGCCAUCCUCCAGCGCACCUUGGCUGACGCACAGGCCGAGGCAGGUCCAGGCCAGCCACUCACCGUCCGCCACCUGGAGCUCAAGCUGGUCCAGAGCCUGCAGGAUAUCCGCAGCCCCUCACCCAAGGUCACAGCCACGCCACUCCUCUAAUAGAUGUGUCCUGUUCCCUUAGCUCCUAGCCCCCAAAACAAUGACCAAAUGAUACACAACACAUAUAUACGUAGCUCCUGGUGGCUCUUAAACAUCAGAACAUAAGAGCAUAGGGAGACUGCAAGAGGCUGAGUGGCCUACACAGGGCAGCUCCAGAAUCCCCCCAACUACUCAUGAUGGGUGAGGUGUAGUUUCAGGGGUUACAGGUAGAGGCUUGAUCCUCGUUUACCUUCAGUACGGGCGUACAGUCCAGUACCCUGUUACCUUGCUGUACCCACACCUCACUCAUCAGUCAUCUUCUCCAGUGAAUCCCUUGAUAGCCAACGAAUCCCAUAUACACAUAUACACCCAUACCCCUGGAAACACUGGCAAAAUGAUACAUAACACAUAUAUAUGUAGUUUCUUGUGGCUCUUAAACACUGCCACAUAUAUACUUCUAUAGCCAAAGUAAUACAUAAUACACAUAUAUACCCUUGUGGGUCUUAAACACUGCUACAUAUACAUAGAUACACAUACAUAUACACCCAUAGUCCUUGACACUGGCAAAAUGAUACAUAACACACAUAUAGUCGUUGGUGAGUCGUAAACACUGCAACAUUCACAAAGAUACAUAACAUAUACACUGAUAAGCCAUGAAACACUGAUAACAUGAUACAUAACACAUAUAGCUCUUUGUGGAUCUUAACCCCUUUACUCUGGUGAUGCCGACGUCAAUGUCCAACGGCGUCACCAUAUGGAAAGGGUUAGUCCUCUUCUUAACCUCUUAAUCCUCUUCUAAACUUCUUAAGAGGAAAUGGAAGAGGAUUAAAAGGAAUUUAGAGGAGGAUUGAGAGGUUUAGAAGAGGAUUAAUUCUCUUCCAUUACACCCAUAACCAGUGAAUUAACCCCCCCCCCCCACACACACACCCACACCCACACACACCACCACAUGUUAACAGACACAUACACAGAUAAAGACAUGUGUCUCUAUGCAUUCACACACAUACAGGGAAUAGGUUAGUGCACACGCCCACGCACACACUUCUAGUUUUUUAAUGAUAGUCCUGGUUCUUGUGGUAUAUAUUUUAUCAGCAAAUUUUUAUAGAUGAGUUUUUGAGGAUAUCAGAUAAUAUAUGUACAGACAGGUAUAGAUUAUGAGAUUUUUUAUUGUCAAUGAUAAGAAGAGGUAAUACUUUUUCUAAGAGAGAUACUUUUUAAGAGAUUCCAAGCACAUUAUACAAUUAUUACAUAUUCCUGAAGGCAAAAAUAACAGAUGAACGCAAUGGGAGCCUUUACUGCAGCUGUGUUAUAAUCCACACAGUUUUUUCCUGCAUAAAUAAGACUGCAGGUUUAAAAAUGUUCUUAGUCAGCAGAGAAACAACAAGUACAUAAUAAAUAAUGGGUAAUGAUGAUGCUGAUGGUGAUGAUAGGGUCAAAUUAGAAAGUCAUACUACAACACACACAUUCCCCCAUCUGCACAUUUUAUGAAGAGUCAUCUCACAUAAUGCAAAAAUAGUACAGAAGUAUAGAAGGUUUACACAAGUCCAUCUUAAGUCUGAUGAGGUUUAUACAAGUCCAUCUUAAGUCUGAUGAGGUUUACACAAGUCCAUCUUAAGUCUGACAAGGUUUAUACAAGUCCAUCUUAAGUCUGACAAGGUUUACACAAGUCCAUCUUAAGUCUGACAAGGUUUACACAAGUCCAUCUUAAGUCUGACAAGGUUUACACAAGUCCAUCUUAAGUCUGACAAGGUUUAUACAAGUCCAUCUUAAGUCUGACAGGGUUUAUACAAGGCCAUCUUAAGUCUGACAAGGUUUACACAAGGCCAUCUUAAGUCUGACAAGGUUUACACAAGGCCAUCUUAAGUCUGACAGGGUUUAUACAAGGCCAUCUUAAGUCUGACAAGGUUUACACAAGGCCAUCUUAAGUCUGACAAGGUUUACACAAGGCCAUCUUAAGUCUGACAGGGUUUACACAAGGCCAUCUUAAGUCUGACAAGGUUUACACAAGGCCAUCUUAAGUCUGACAGGGUUUACACAAGGCCAUCUUAAGUCUGACAGGGUUUAUACAAGGCUGUCUUAAGUCUGACAGGGUUUACACAAGGCCAUCUUAAGUCUGACAGGGUUUACACAAGGCCAUCUUAAGUCUGACAGGGUUUACACAAGGCCAUCUUAAGUCUGACAGGGUUUACACAAGGCCAUCUUAAGUCUGACAAGGUUUAAACAAGGCCACCUUAAGCCUGACAGGAAAGGCAUUUGGCUAGAUAGAAACCUUCUCAAAUCAGCACAUUUUAUCAUCAGCACAACACUUCAAGGAAACAAGAGUGCUGGGGUGCUAAGCUUGGUGGGUUGUAAUGCAAGAGGGCAGCUUAUAAACACUCCUUCAUAUAGUUAUACCUGUGCCCCUUUUUAUAACAUGCUAGAAAUAAGUGCUAGAGGUGCUAAGCUUGUUAAUUAGUACAUAGCAAGGUUUUAAAUCAUAUUAGGAAGGUAUGUCACCAUUGCAUAAAGCAUUCACAAACCAGCACGUUUUAUGACAAUGCACAGCUAUAACAUACACUCCAACUUAACAUUUACCACACUAUAAUAAAUGCUAAAGGAGUUGGAUAUACUAAGUAGUGCAUAGGAGGUUCAUUAUAGGUUUUUUGAGUCAAAUUGAAUGAAUGCAUAAAAAAAAUCUUCUCGUGUAAGCAUGUUUUUAUGACCAGCACUGCACAAUAAUGAGUAUCAAAAAAUUUGGAUGUGCAGAUUUUUUAAGUCUUUGGGACGUAUUACAAGUCAAAUCCGAGAAGUUUCGGGUCCCUACAGAGUUCAGUUUAGGAGCUGUAUUACAAGUCGAAUCCGAGAAGUUUUGGGUCCCUACAGAGUUCAGUUUAGGGGCCGUAUUACAAGUCAAAUCCGAGAAGUUUCGGGUCCCUACAGAGCUCAGUUUAGGGGCCGUAUUACAAGUCAAAUCCGAGAAGUUUCGGGUCCCUACAGAGCUCAGUUUAGGGGCCGUAUUACAAGUUGAAUCCGAGAAGUUUCAGGUUCCUACAGGGUUCGGGAUGAAUAACUCUGUAGAGACCCGAAACUUCUUGGAUUCAACUUGUAACACGGCCCUUUAAGUCAAAAUAGGAAGUUGAGCACCUGCACCCAAACCUCACAUCAGCACCUUUUAUUACACGCACCAAACUGCAAGGAGAGUUCAGUGUUGAGGGUGCUAAGCUUACCGAGCAGCAAAACAGUUUUAAUCACCACCUCCACAGCUUCAAACUGCAGUAUUUUUAACUCAGGUUUUCUCUUCUUUGGAAAGCUUAAAAGACAACCCCAGGAAGCUAGGAAGGGAACAGAUGCUAGUGACUAAUUUUAAUGGGACAGAAGUGGGUGUUUAAUGAGGCUUGUCCAGAUGAGGAAGAAAACUCGUCUGGUGAUUUGUUGGUUUUAAUUAUGUUUGGUUUUAUCUUUGAUUCUCCGAGUGUAGGGUAAGGUUGAGAUUUUUUAUUUUUAAUUUUUAUAACAAAGGAGAUGGCUCAAGGGCAAUGAAGAGUCCAGAAAAAAAAAGCCUGCUACUCGCCGCUUCCAUAAUAGACAAAAGUAGAGAGUAGACAAAAGAGAGGUUGGAGUUUGUGCAUAUCAUUCUAAAUAGUACGCAUAUUAAGAGAACAACUACACUCUCUGGAAAAUAUUUAACUGAGAUAUGAGUUGAUAAAAUGAACUGAUCUAUGAAUAAAAAAGCCAUGAACAUAUGAACAGAAAAAUUAAACAUAUAUGAAUUAAAAAAAGAUAACUGAGAUAUAGAAGAAAUAAAACCUAGAUACGAUUAUAAAAAAUAGCAUACGAUGAAUAAACAACAAUAAAAAUAGACAGAGCAGGUAAAAUGGAACUGAGAGACAUGACAGCAUCGAAGGUUAUGUCGGGUCAGUCGCUGUAUAUAUUAGGAAGGGGCGGAGAAAUAAGAAAUACAUUAAGUUAAAUAUGCAUGUUGGGUUAGGCUGCUGUGUGUUAGAAGAGGAGGAGGAAUAAGCGGAUAUGUUAUUUAGUUAUAUAGGUCUGUAGGGUUAGGCAGACAUAAGAGUGAGGGAGGAGAAGUAAAGGAAUAUGCUGUUUUGUUAUUUGUUAAAGAAAUUUUUAAUGUUCUGGGUUAGUUUGUGCUACCAUAUGUAUCAUUCCAGAGAGAGAGAGAGAAGGAGAGAGUGUGGUGUCAUUUUUAACUUUUUCUUAUUGUCUUGUUUUGAUGUAUAGCUACCAGUAAAUGUUAUGCUGUCUUAAUCAUUGUCAGAUCAUUUGUUAUUAUUAUUAUUAUCAUUAUUGUUACUAUGACUCUUUUGUGCAUACCUAGUCCUUCCUGUAAUGCCAAUAUAAGUAGUAGUAAUAGCAGAAGUGUCAGUUCCUAUUACAUAUAUUUUUCUUAGACAUUCAGCCUUAGACCUUCAGACUAUGUUGGGUAUAUUUUUGUAUUCAAUUAUGUACAGAAUCUUCUCAACCAUUCACACAUUUCCGAGAACAUGUAACAUUAUCUACUUUAUCACAUUUAUUUUUUAUUUUCAUUUCACCGUACGUUGUUUCACCAAUCUCCUGACUUCAGUUCCUCUUUCCUCUACCUCUACAUCCUCCUCUACCUCCUCUUCUCUAGCUCAAGUCAUUCCUAAUAUUGCCUCUCUGCCUCUUUUUCCUCUCUUCUAUCUCCUUCCCUCCUUGUCAUUCCUUAGAAAUCCUUUUGACGUAUUUCUAUAGUUGGUUCAAACUAACAUGGCAAACAAGCCCCUCCCCCUCCCCAUUUGAGUGCAUAUCAUUGGUCAGUCAACAAGCCACACCCCCUUUCCAUCUCAGGCUGCAUGUGAUUGGUGGAUGCUGAGGAAGGUUGAAUCAUAUCAGUGGAUGUUAGACUUGUGGGGGGCGGGGCUUAUUUGCCAAGUUAGUUUGAACAGAGUAUGGUAUUCCAAAUAACCCCAAAAUUUUUAAAAAUUAAGAGACAGAACUAACAAAGAUUGAUAUAAAAGUACUAAUGUAUUGAUUUGUUAUAGAUAAUGUAAUGAAAAGAACAAUUGAUAAAAGUAUAGUUAUUGAGAAAUUUCAUGAGAUUAAAAAAAAGAUUGAUAACAAAGUACUAAUGUAUUGAUUUGUUAUAGAUAAUUUAAUGAAAAGAACAAUUGAUAAAAGUAUAGUUAUUGAGAAAUUUCAUGAGAUUAAAAAAAAGAUUGAUAACAAAGUACUAAUGUAUUGAUUUGUUAUAGAUAAUUUAAUGAAAAGAACAAUUGAUAAAAGUAUAGUUGUUGAGAAACUUCAAAACUUCAUGAGUUUAAAAAAAAGAUUGAUAACAAAGUACUAAUGUAUUGAUUUGUUAUAGAUAAUUUAAUGAAAAGAAGAAUUGUUGAAAGUAUAGUUGUUGAGAAACUUCAUAAGAUUAAGUGUAGAAAAAUAUACGAAUUUAUGUGACGUUACAGUGAGAUAAAUGUAUGAUAUAGUGAUGGAAAUAGUACAGUUGUAAAAACAUGGAGAUGCAUAGGUUAAAAGUAAUAUAUGUUUGAGUAAUAGAAAAAAAUGAAGAGUGAUUGUAUGAUAAGUUAAAUGUUACUAUAGUGUAUAAUUAUAUUUUAAUUAAUUCUGUGACUACAUAACAUUGGUAGCCUUUCGUAUAUAUGCAUCCAUCUACUGUGUUAUAAUGAAGUCUUCCAUGAUUAAUGUUGUUUUAAAAAGAAAGAAUAUUAGUUCCUUUUGCAAUGUCAGCUCUUGAAAGAAAGCUUGAGUACUCUAUGUUGCAUUGCCUGAUAAUAAAAUGUGAAUAUACAAACA